UUUUUUUUUUUUUUUUACCUCGACGAAUCUGAAACCUGAAUGAAUCAGUAAAAGGAAAAAGCGGAAAAGUGCGUGUUUAAAAAAAAAAAAAAAAAAAAAAAAAAAGGAGAGAGAAUGACCCUGGAAUCCAUAAUGGCGUGUUGCCUCAGCGAGGAGGCGAAAGAAGCCAGGCGGAUCAACGACGAGAUCGAAAGGCAGCUCCGCCGGGAUAAGAAGGACGCACGCCGUGAACUGAAACUGUUGCUUCUCGGCACUGGGGAAAGUGGGAAGAGCACAUUCAUCAAACAAAUGAGGAUUAUCCACGGCACCGGUUACUCUGACGAGGACAAAAGGGGUUUCACCAAACUGGUCUAUCAGAACAUCUUUACAGCCAUGCAGGCCAUGAUCCGAGCCUCAGAGACCCUCAAGGUCCCCUACAAAUAUGAGCACAACAAGGGCUACGCCAACAUCGUGAGAGAGGUGGACGUAGAAAAGGUCAGCAUGUUCCAGAAUCCCUAUGUAGAUGCAAUCAAGAGCUUAUGGAAUGACCCGGGCAUCCAGGAGUGCUACGACCGAAGGAGGGAAUACCAACUCUCGGACUCCACUAAAUAUUACCUGAACGCGUUGGACCGGAUCGCCGAGCCAGCCUACCUUCCCACCCAGCAGGAUGUGUUAAGGGUUCGAGUCCCCACCACGGGCAUCAUUGAAUAUCCGUUUGACCUGCAAAGUGUCAUAUUCAGGAUGGUGGAUGUCGGAGGUCAGAGGUCAGAGAGGAGGAAGUGGAUCCACUGCUUUGAGAACGUCACCUCCAUCAUGUUCCUGGUAGCGCUCAGCGAGUACGACCAAGUUUUGGUGGAAUCGGACAAUGAGAACCGGAUGGAGGAGAGUAAAGCUCUGUUUAGGACAAUAAUCACAUACCCCUGGUUCCAAAACUCCUCAGUCAUUCUCUUCCUCAACAAGAAGGACCUGUUGGAGGAGAAGAUCAUGUACUCUCAUCUGGUUGACUACUUCCCAGAGUAUGACGGUCCCCAGAGGGAUGCCCAAGCAGGGCGAGAGUUUAUCCUCAAGAUGUUUGUGGACCUGAAUCCAGACAGCGAUAAGAUCAUCUACUCUCACUUCACCUGUGCCACUGACACAGAGAACAUCCGUUUCGUCUUUGCCGCCGUCAAAGACACCAUCCUGCAGCUCAACCUUAAGGAGUACAACCUUGUGUAGAGCGGAGCAGGGCUGCCACCAGGAAGCCCUCAACACACACUAACUGAUGCAAUCUGUGAAAAGAUAGAUCAUAUACACACACAUGAAAAGAAAAUCAAAGAAAAAAAGAAAUCUAAUGGUUGCAUAAUACUAAUUUAUUUGCCAUUUGUUGAUCUCUUGGUCCCCAAGGGGUGAGCAAAGUAAAUGUUAUCUUGCUGUUUAAGGAGUUGAUGAAAUAUAGGGAGGGAAGGGGGGGGCAAGAUAUUUGGAAGAGUUAGGGAGGGAUUUGCUGUUGAAUAUGUACAGCACCAAUCCUCAUUUCUAGGCUUUGCUCUUUGUGAAGUUUUGUUUUGCUUUUUGAAAAAAAAGAAACUACUUUGUGCACUCGAGGUUUGGGGGCUUGUUCUGUCUGUCAGUCUGAUAGAUCAGAGCUGCAACGAAUGCAAUGUGCGCCGUGCCUCCUGCCUUUUUAUAAACAAGAAGGUUUUCAUUCCUUUUUUUUUUACCCUCCUACCUGUCCGUUCAUUCUGAAGCUUCAUCCUGGGCAUUCGCCUGUUUUCCCAACAGGAAAUGAUGCCACAGAUCUCUAACUGAUAGUUUCCAUUUUCCUACAAAGGACUGAUUGGCAAGUCUCUUGAAUAACAGGUAUAAACUGUGAUUUUGUAAAUUAUUUCAUAUUGAUUUGCUAUUAAUUGAUUUAAAUUAUUAUUAUUAUUAUUAUUAUUAUUAUUAUUAUUAUUACAUUGCAUUGAUUUUGGUACCAUCUGAUGAGUAGAGCAUGUGUGACCGUCUUGACAGUCACACGAGUUCUCCAGCAUUGACGUAACCAUGAAGUUCAGAAGUUUGAGAGAAAUUUGGCUUUAAAAAAUGCUUUCUGAGCUUUGAGCGAGCAGGUGAGAAGACACAUGGGGACCUCUGCUCUGUCAUGUCAUGUCAUGAAAACCAUGAUGGCGCUAGUUUCUUUACACAGACUGAAGGGAGCUGAGAAGGUGAUUAUUUAUGAGACAAUGUUGUUAAAUGAUUAUGUUCAACUGUGCCACCAACGCUUUUUAUUAUGGUAAUAUGUAUACUUAUUGCCAAUGCCAAAACAACUCAAGCACCUGAUGCCACUUUGCGCUUGUCUUGAUUACUACUUUUAAUGAAAUGAAUAGUGUGUAGGAAAGAAAAAGAGCAGGGCUAAUGAACACACAGGCUUUACUGACUGACUUAUUGAUCGAUCGAUUGAUUCCUGAAAGUAUUCAACAACGUCAACGGUAUUCUCUCCAACCACCCUUACAGUUAGUUAGCAGGCUUUCAGAGAGGAGUAUGCCAGAAAUAACAUAAAUGUUAUAAAAAUAAUAUUUCUUUUUACAAUUAACACUUGAAAAGAUAAAGGCACUUGCUGAUUACAAGGUAGUACAAAAUGUAAACCAUACCAUGGUGUUUCAUUUUACCUCUGUUCUUAAGAUUACAUUAAACUUAAUUUAUUUCUGCGCUAAACUGCUUGAACGGUCCAAACACAACCUUGCGCGUGGCUACAAACCCCUCCCCCUUUCCUACAGACUAUCCAGUCACAUUUUAGCUGUGUCUUUAUAGUCGUCCAAUCACAGCCCGGCUGUCUUGACUGUUGUAGUUCAGUAGCAGUGGACAAUAAAUUUGGCUAAAUACUAUGAAAAAGGGCAAAGUGUUGAUGUUCAGUUUGUACCAAAGUAAGCCCUCCUUAUUUCUGAUUACAUUUCUCUCAUUCCCAAGUUACUUUGAGUAUUUUUUGUAGCAAUUCCUUAGAACAUACGCCUGUAAUUUACAUUUAUUGAGGCAUAGUGCAAUUAUGAAUGCUAUAAUCAUUGUACAUACAUCUCUAUAUAUAUAUGGCAGCAUCUUUGUUGGCUUUGUAAUCAUUACUUUUUUGGCAGAUUGAAUGUGCGGUAUUGAAAAUAUGUAUCUAUGUAAUUGUAUUGUAUGUCUAAUGGCUAAUUCAUUUUUGGAAGAAAAAAAAUGUUAUUUACAUGUUUGUUUUUGUUUCCUUCCUUCCCCUUUAAGAAGAGAAUGUAAAUUUUGUGUUUUGCCAUUUUUGUUUCUCAGCAAAGAAACAUUGUUCAGCUUCAGAACUACAUAAAGAGGAAUAUAAUUAUUAUACAACAACAACACAUUGAUUGGUAAGCCAGUACUUAUAGUAGCUGGUGUGUUAAAUUGACUUUUAUAUGAAAAACUGCAGACUGAAUCCAAACUACAGGGCUAAUUGUAAUAGUUUAGUUUCUAACUGGCUUCAGGAUCAGAGCAUUUGUCAUAUAGGUGUAAUCACGUCACUCAUUGAUUCGUAUUCUUUUAUAUUUAUCUUAAUCACACAGCGUCUCAAUACGUAUUUAUUAACUUGAGAUUUCUUAGUGUACCGCACACCUUGUCAUCCUGAGCACCCCCCCCACUCCACCACCAACCACCUUAGUAUGUUUUAUUUAACAAGUAGUGCUAGAACAAGGUGGAUGGCAUCCAGGUUAAGUGUUGCUGUGGCUCAGAUUUUAUAUAAAAAUCUUAGGAUGAGAUGUAAUUAUCUGAUUGUUUGUGCAAUGCUAUCACCCUUAACACUCCCUUACAUGAACCUCCACCCUGAUAGAAACUCAGUAUUACUGUCAGAGACAAAAGAAUACUAUUUGGCCUAAUUAGGAUGGUGCAUUUACAGGUGCUUUUAUAUUCUUUUUUUUCUACCUGAUUUCCAUAUUGAAUUGCCACCAAUUCAUUAGAAUGUACAGUUUUAUUUUGGACUUUAUUUAUGAAAUGACAACAUAGGAGAAAAUACACAACAGUUCACAUGUACAUAUUGCCUUAUUGAAUAAGCCGUGCCUCUGAAGUCCCAUGCAAGGCACCUGUGUGUUUAUGAGAAGUGAAGCUAGUGCAGCCAAUAAUGCCCCAUUGUGCAGCUGGAAGAUUGUUUGGUUUUGGCUUGGUGUUCUCUCUUUGUUAUUCUGUGCUAUAAGAAGCCCUGGGAACAGCUUUGAAGAGUAGAUCAUGUCGCUAAUAUGACAUCAUUACAGGACAUUAUAAGAACAUCCUGAGUGAAUUGUAAUCGGAACACACUUUCUGUUGAUUUCAAAAUAUUGAAUCAGAUUCAUGUCUUUUAAUCCAUGCCACAGUGCAUUAUAAUGGAUUGAACUGCCUGAUGCGACUAUGACUAAAUAACAUCAGUAUGUGUAGAAUGUGACAUAAUCUGGACUCUAAACCACCACCACACACCUGUGGAGGGGUGUUUUUGCCACAUUUGGCUAUGGUUCAGUAUCUACCAGCCACUUUGGCAGUUAACAAGCCCUUACUCAGAGGUCCUGUUGUUUUCAGAUAUUUCAGCUGGCCGGUAAAAUUUCUUACAAGGAUGAUUGAUUUUGGCAGGCAACAACUACUCCAACAAGUUAAUUUCAAGCCCAAUUCAGUGUCCUUGAAGUCAACAACCACUUAUCAACAGCAGGGCCUUAUAGGAAAAACCAACUCGUCACACAUUUCACUGAAUGUUAAGACGAUGUCAAUGUGAUUCUGCUUGUUUCCAGAGGAGAUGUUUUGAAGCUGGACUAUAGUUUCAACUUAUCAGUGUUAAAGAUCACUUGUUGUAGAGUUGCAGUAAUUGCUAACAUGUGUCCCUGCUGUUGUAAAGUACGUAUUCACACUGACCCUGCUACAUAUAGGGGAAACCGUUGUUUAAACAGUUCACACACUGCAUUCAACGCACUGAGCAGAGACCGCCUGGCCAUGUUUGUGAAACUCAAAAAGUAAAAAGUGAUUUUAAAAACAAAAGUGACUAACUUAUAUUAAUAUUUUGCUUUAGCUUUUUUACACAAUGAUGACGGUAGAUCAUAAAAAAAUAUAUUGUACUGGCAAAAAUACAAAUGAUAAUUGGAUUUUGUUAGAUAAAUAUGAACCACAAAGGACUGUUUCCAAGCUUUGUGAGUGACUUGUUCAUCAUCAUUACUCUAAGGGAGCACAUGUGGGUUAUAUUCAGGCUGGAUUUUCCCUUUAAGAGAGUGCAGACUGCUGUUCUGUUCAACUUAAUGCAGUACGUGCAAGAGCAGUGCAGUUUUACUUACAGUAUAUUAAGGACUGCAGGGUUGAGUUUUUGAAAAACAACUUUUCAUAAAACUGCUCUGUUACUCUCAGACACAUCAUCUGAUUGCUUUCAUCCCAAAGAUAUGAAGUUUGAUGAUUCCUUUUGAAAUAGUGCUAUUAUGAUGAUCUCCAAACAUUAUUGUGUAAAAUGUUUCCUGCAUCUAUGAACUGGCACUCAAACAUGUUUCUGAAUGAAACGACGUGUUUCUUUUCAAAGUAUGUCAACUGAUGAUUUUCAUUGUAACUUUAGUGAUACAUCUAUCAUUUCUACAAUGUGGGUAAUUAAAUGCCUUUAAAUCUAUAUCAUUACUCCACACCACACUUCCUACCAGAUGUCCUAAGUCAAGUUGUAUUUGAACUCUAGUUUAUAUUACAAACCUCUGUCAAGCACUGAAGAUGUAAUUAAAGUGAAAACAGAUGUGAUUCUUGCUAAGUAGAAUCAUCAAUUAAAAGUGCCCCAAGCAUUUCACCAAGCAACAUGUUGGGUGAAGUUUCCCCAGGUUCAUUUUCUCUUUUUUCCCCUGCCUUAGGUAAUUUAUAUUUUUUACAUGCUCAAAAAGAAAAAAAGAGAGACAACAAAACACUUUUAAAAGACAGGAGAGCUGACUUUAUUUACUUACUGGUUUAAAACUCCUAACACCACUAUAAAUAAAGUUGGUUUAGAUGUAAGCAACUUAUGAGGGUAAAUCAAGGAAACACGUCCAAGACAAUUCAUUGCAUUUCAUAAAAUCCACUGCUUUUUAUAUUCUUAAAGGAUUGAUUGUUAACAUUGUAAAUUAUCUCUCACAAAACAAAUGGUCAUAUUCUCCAUUGAAAAUGGUAGUAGAGGUAUUGUAUUGACAGCAGCAGACAGAUCCUCCCUGAUCAACUCAAUAGAAAAGUGACAUCUUUGUACUUGACUGUUCCCGCUGAUAUAAUGUGCUCAGUCUUUCUGUUUUUGUAAAUGUUCCUGUUGCAAAGCAAUCAUGAUGAAUGAAUCAUGAUGACAGAGUAGAUUGGACUAUUCUAAAAUGUUGUUCAAAAAGAGGACACAAGUGUGGAUAAACAGAGAGUAAACUGCACAAACAAAUAAGCCUAAA